AAGCGUCCGGACUGGAAGGGGGUGAAAGCGUCUGGACUGGAAGGGGGUGAAAGCGUCCCGACUGGAAGGGGAGUGAAAGCGUCCCGACUGGAAGGGGGUGAAAGCGUCCCGACUGGAAGGGGAGUGAAAGCGUCCGGACUGGAAGGGGGUGAAAGCGUCCCGACUGGAAGGGGGGGAAAGUGUCCGGACUGGAAGGGGGUGAAAGCGUCCCGACUGGAAGGGGGUGAAAGCGUCCCGACUGGAAGGAGGUGAAAGCGUCCCGACUGGAAGGGGGUGAAAGCGUCCCGACUGGAAGGGGGGUGAAAGCGUCCCGACUGGAAGGGGGGGAAGUGUCCGGACAGGAAGGGGGUGAAAGUGUCUGGUAAGCAAGUGGUUAAAGAAAAGAAUCCAGUC